AUGAGUGAUCAUCAGGACCAGGAUCUCGUCCGAAUCGGGUGGCCGGGCGGCGCGACGUGCGCCGUGGUGGGCGGCGUGGGCGUGCCGGAGGCGCCGCAGCUGCCGUCGCCGGCGUCGCAGAGCGCGGUGCUCGUCAGCGCGGAGAGCCUCUCCCAGUCGCAGUCGUCGCCGUCUCGUCAGCUGACGGCGCUCAACCGCAGCCUCUCGUCGCGCGCGGCUUCCCCCACCCACCAGGCGCCCGCCAUCCCCGUCAAGAACUCCUCGCCCUCCGGGUUGCCCUCGCCCACCACGAUGAUGUCCCCGGUUCUCUACAGCACGGCGGCACUAAAGAGGCCCUCCAGGAUCGACCAGCUGCAGGGCGAGUGGCGCCAGAUGGGCACGGACGCACUGACGACCACGCUCUCGGCGCUGUACGGCAAGCUGCUGGUCGUCAUGGGCAUCGCCUUCCCCAUGGCGGAGGUCAUCUCCACCUACAUACCGCCAUCCUUCUACGAGGGCUUUUACCUGUACCUGUACUUCGGCAGCAUGGUCUUCCUCAUCUACAUGUACGCGAUGCUGCUGCGAGAACGGGCGUCCCAGUCCGUCGCCAGUUCCUUCAAGCGGACGCAGACGCAGAGCUCGGUGUCGGUGGACUCGGGGUCGGAGGAGAGCGGCGACACGCGCCAGCACACGGACACCGAGCUGAGCACGGCGGCGGGCAGCCAGGGCCGCGGCCGCUCGGCCACGCCGCUGCGCCAGCAGGCCGCGCACCUGCCGCAGCACCACUACGGCUCCUUCUACCUGCGCAUGGGCGCCGUCGCGUUCGGCAUCGGCAGCAUGAUCUACUCGGGGCUGGAGUUCGGCCAGUACUUCGAGCUGGAGCGCAACACCAAGUGCCAUAACGUGCUGCUGGCGCUGACCCCGGCGACGCGGAUGGCCUUCAUCUUCAUCCAGAUGUACUUCAUAUUCCUCAACAACGAGGACUCGCUGCUGCAGCAGAUGAAGGUGUACAAGCACCGUGCUCUCGCCCGCUUCGGCCUGAUGCACAUGAUCGGCACCAACCUCUCCGUCUGGCUCAACGUGCUCAUCCAGGAGACCAAGCACGAGAUCCUCACCUUCUACAGCCCCGAGAACAAGACGCUCGGCAUCCAGCACCGCCUGCUGAAGCUGGCGGCGGUGACGUCGGGCGGCACGGUGCUGUCCGGGCACGGCGCGGAGGCGGCGGGGGCGGCGGCGGGGGCGCACCACCGCGUCGCGCGCGGCCUCAAGGGCCCGCACCACAUCUACGAGUGCCGGCGCACCAACAUCAUGGGCUCGCUCGUGCAGGACGCCUCGCCCUUCCUCUUCCCCUGCACCAUCGAGUACAGCCUCAUCUGCGCCGCCAUCCUCUACGUCAUGUGGAAGAACAUCAGCCGCCUGCAGAUCUCGUGCGGCACGGGCAGCGGCGGAGUGCGCGCGGGGCAGCCGCCGGGCGCCGGGCUGGCGCACCAGGCGUACAAGCGGCCGCCGCACCACUACUCGGUGGACUGCGCGCGCGCCCACAAGGGGCUCUUCGUCGGCAUCCUGGUGCUCGUGCUCACCAUCAUCUCGCUCAUCCUCUUCUUCGUGCUCAUCUCCAAGCCCGAGUUCGUCGGCCUCGCCGUCAUGGAGGUCAACAUCUGCGAGCUCACGCUCUACACCACCACCACCGUCGCCACGCUCGUUGGCAUGGUCCAAGUUCGCCAACUGAAGUACGACGGCUGUCGCAACCUGGAGCUGGACAACAUUUUGCUGGUGGGGGCGCAGACCGGCAUGUUCAUCUACAGUACGUUCACCAUCAUCGGUGGACACUUCACCAUCGAGAAGAACACGGUGCUGGUGCUGAUCACGGCGCUGGCGUCGCUGGUGCAGACGACGUGCCAGACCAUGUUCGUGCUGGACGCGUCGCGGCGCUCGUGCGCCACGCCCGACCAGAUCCGGCGCAAGCCGGGCCGGGAGCUGGUGACCUUCCUGCUGGUCACCAACCUCGCCAUGUGGGCCAUCAACACGCUGGAGAAGUCGCGCGCCGAGUCGCACCCCAUCCAGCUGCACUUCUACGGGCUGUGGGCCUGGACGAUCAUCACGCACGUCUCCAUGCCGCUCGCCAUCUUCUAUCGCUUCCACUCGACCGUCUGCCUCUGCGAGAUCUGGAAGCGCGCCUACAAGAUGAAGCCCACCUACAUGUAACCACUCCUCCGGCGUCACUUCCUCGCGCAACAGGCUGCCGCCAUCUUCACUUCUCACGCGAGGGUUUCGCGGCGCGUGUGACGCUCCUCGGGGACCGCGAGGCUUCUUAUGUGUAGGCCUGUAUCUCGUUGGGAUGUCACUGCAGCCCUCCUAACAGUAUUGUGGGAAUAAGUGUGUUCUGCUGGACAGUAUCAGUAUUCAUUGCCAGGCCCAUAACAACUAUGAGUAACUUGUCCCAGUGAAGAAUUCGGCUGCUCUCAAGCAUCUUCCAUAUGGCAAAACUAACAUCCGAGUGCAAUACUGGUACAUUCACUUGGCAUACUGCUAGCCACUCCCGCUUUGGCAGCAACUGUAUCAGUAGAGAGAGACAGCGCAUCUUGAUUAUAAUACGGGCCUUACAGGAAUUUUCAGGCGUAACUUUUUCUCCACGUCGAGUGGUAAUGUAUACAAACCUAGCGGAUGAACAAUAGAUCGGCCACGGUUUUUACCUGUCUACGGGGAACGUAAAGCAACUGAGGACUUUUUUAGCUUCUCGGCAACAGCCGCAGAGGGCUACGGCCUCAUACGCUACAGCAUGAGUUUUGGACGGAUUUAUGCGACAUUUUUCUCUUACCUUACAAGCAUAUUACCUCAUAUCUGCAAGUAUUCAGUGGGAACAACAGAAAAUUAUAAUUUUUCAUACAACCAUUUUGAAAUAUUUUUCGUAGUGACUUGUAACAUCAUCUUCGUUUUAGACCGUUUUUCAUUCGGGUCCUUUUCAGAUGUAGCGAACAGUCAUCGUGGAGUACGUUAAUUAUUUUUGACAUAUUUACGUACUUUAAGGUACUAGUAUCCCCUAUCUAUGAUAUUCUAAAUGCUCAUGUGUUCAUUGAAAUGUUACCUGAAGAAGUGUCAAUGCUCACAUUUCCUCUAUGUUCUAUAUCAAUCAUACUCUGUUAGUAAGUAAGUGUUACUUUCUCUAGUACUAGGUGGAGCUAAAGUGGUCCGUAAAGUAUUUAAUGACAAAGCAACUAAUCGCCUCCUGAAAUGAAAAACUGUAUGAGUGAAUUGUGUGAGCAAAGGAUUGAAUGGCUCAGUGUAAGAAAGCAGAGUUUUUUCUGCACACGCGAACUUUUGAGAAGAGCACAAAUUUUACUAUAACAACAAUUAUGAACCAUAUAAAGCAAAACCGCGUGCCUGUUGAUUAAUGCAUGUCUGUAUGUGCGUGAAUGUUGAGAUUAGUAUCAGAGGCAGUCCUUAGUGUGAUUAAGCUCUCGUGGCUUCCUUUGCUGCUAUUUUGAACCCUUCAGUAACUGUGACUGAACAUAGCAAAAACUAAACGUGAAAAUAACUGUCUUUUUCGUAAAAUAAAAAUUGUGUAUGUCAAACCGGCAGAUAAUAAUUAAUAGUUCAUUCUCCGCGGCUUAGCGAUGUAAGUGAAAACAUGCAUUUUACCUACUUAGUAUCUGCUGUAUACUGCCGAACUUUGCACAUCUUGUCGAUCGAGCGAGGUGGCGCAGUAGUUAGCACACUGGACUCGCAUUCGGGAGGACGACGGUUCAAUCCCGCGUCCGGCCAUCCUGAUUUAGGUUUUCCGUAAUUACCCUAAAUCGUUCCAGGAUGGUUUCUUUGAAAGGGCACUGCCGACUUCCUUCCCGAUCCUUUCCUAAUCUGUUGAGACCAAUGACCACGCUGUUUGGUCUCCUCCCCCCCAAAAAAACCCACCCCAACAUCUUGUCGGCGAUCCCGUAGAUGUUGGAAAGUAUAUUGCUCACUGUUCUGCAUUACACACUCCGAAAUGACGAGUAUUCUCGUCUCUAACAGUAGUAAGAUGGCGGUGAUCAUGACGACGAGCAAGGGAGAUAUUUUCUACAGACUAUGAAAGUCCUGACUCAGGAGGUUGUGGGUUUUUAUGACACGCACGAGCCUGGAUCCAUAUCUGGCAAGAUAGCGUGAGGACUGUCACAAAGGAUCCAGUUCCAAUUCCUGGUACCAUCAAAAAGAUUUUUCCCCUCGAUGUACAUAUCGAGCGAUCUUCAUUCACACUAACAGGGACAAUAGUGGAACGCUUGAAAUAUUAGAAGAGGUGCCAGUUUGGAACUCAGACGAAAACGGCAAGGAGAGGAGCUAGCUGACAAUGUGAGACUCCAGUACUGUCAGCGGUUGACAUGUUAGCGAGAGUAGCUAACAGCGGGCAGGCGCGAGCUACUGCGAACGAAGUGAGCAAUAGUGGGAGGGUCUUCUAUUUUAUUUUUUCCUCUUAAUCUCUGGUUCCUCUGAAAGGGCACGGCCCACUUCCUUCCCAAUCCAUCCCUAAUCCGAUGAGACCGAUGACCACGUUGUCUGGUCUCCUUCCCCCAACCAACCAACCAACCUCCUAAUCUCAGUGUAAGCACGUCCAUUCUGUUUGCGUCCUGAACCUGUAAUACUAGCAACAAAGGAAAUAAUUCGCUGCAAUCUGUACUGAUUGCAAGAGGCAGUAGGUAACAUCCUUCCCAGUUCUGAGUUAACCGUUACUUAAAAAACCAGGAAGAUGGACCAGAUGUGUAGUAAAUUCAUGCGCUGCAGUAGCUGUUGUUUGCCUAGGUCUCCAGUAGUAUUGCCACAUCGUAUUUCCAGAAAAUCAAAAAAUAGGGACUGAUGAUUUAAAAAAUCGGCGGGACAAUAACAUUCAGUAUGCGACAAAGAAAAGAAAGAGCACGUAAACGUUCAGUCAUUAGAUAUUUUUCCCUAUAUUAUGAACUAUGUUGGCACACUGGUAAAGCUGUAUUCAGAAGUAAUGUUCUGUUCAUCAAAAGGCUGGUAACAAAAAACCUCGACACAUUUCAGCAUAAAUCAACAAGGUAUUUAAACAUGAAUAAUCGUCUUUUAACUUCAAUAAUCAAUAUCUGGGCUAUGCGCGCAGACUCAGUAGUUUUGAGGUCACUUGGGCUGAACACACGCAAUAUAGGAAUAAAACAAUCAGCAACAAGUUGCUACGCCCGCAUGUGCGACAUCAAAACCGGGUUUUGGCGGUCUGUAGUCGCGAAGUUAGUCAGGUAUUCUCUCACUAUUACUGUCAAGACGAAUCAGCAAAGCAUGGAAUCGCCGGCUUCUGAUGGCCAGUGGACCAAGCCGCCUAUAC